AUGGCUUGUGCUCUGCAGCUGAUAAAUCGGUACAACCGAUACGUUUACAUGAUCGUGACGACGUUGCUCUCUUGCAUCCGACACGCGGAAUUCGAACGAGCCGUGGUUGUCGCUCGCAAAUUCGAUGAUUUAAUACGACAUUAUAAUAAUUGGUGCACCGAUAAUAAACGAACGAAUAACUGUACGCAAUGGUUGAUUAUAUCAGGGAUUUUUGUCUCUUGGACAUCCAUUGCCAUAGCAGUAGCAUUUGCUGUGCCUGGAGUAGUGCCUUUGUAUAUAUUUGCGAUACAAAUCACAAUGCGAAUUACAUUCUCGAUGGAGGUUGCGAAAUUUUAUUUCCUGUACGAUGCAUUGUGUCGCAGAUUUUGCCGCAUCAAUGGACUGUAUCGCAAACUGACUGGAAUGGGUGUCGGCAUCUAUAUCGCAUCUGCAAUGCACAUUAAUCGUCUUACAAUCUCGAAUCUUCAACAGUUGCACAGCUGUUUAAUGGAUGCAACACAUCAUUUGAAUUCUUAUUAUAGUCCGCAGUUAUUUUUUUGGAUCAUAUGCAUGGAAAUAGACAUUGCAACGUUUAUCUUCCUCAAUUUAUAUGAAAUAGUAAUCGCCAUGACUUGCAUUCAAUUUAUUAUAAUGUUAUAUUUUAUACUACAAUUUAUCUCUAUUUGUUACAUUUGUCAAGUAACAUGUUAUCAAGUACGUAUAUUUGAUGGUCUCCUUGACGAGCGAAAUGAUUGUUUUAAUACCAAUUUUAAUAAAAUAUUUUAG